AUGAACACACAUAUUCUUUCUAUCCCUGAUGAUUUGAUAAUCAACGUUUUAGCUUUCUUAGGUGGUUCCUCACAUUCUGAAUUGCUUAAGGCAAAAACCAUUUGUAAAACUUUUAAUCGGUUAUCUCAAGACGACUAUAUUUAUGAAAGAGUGUCUUUACAAGAUAUAGAUGUAGUUUCAUGGCACAUAAAUAAAGAGCAAUCUAUAUUCUUGGAAAGAUGCGCAAAUUCUCAUAAUUCAGAAGCCUUGUAUAGGAAUGGAGUGGUGGAAUAUUUUAGCGGUAAAAAUUAUAAGUUAGGGUUGGAAUAUAUUGAAAAGGCAACAAAUUUAGGACACGUUGGAGCACUCUAUGUAUUUGGUGUUAUCUCACUAUUUGGAAAUAGUGAACUGAUGAAGAAAGGAGUGGAGAUUCUAAAUCAUGAAAUGCUUAAAGGAAAAUUGUGGAAGUGUCGAGGAGAGUUGAUCGAGAUAAUCAACAAGUUGUGGGUGAAUAUCCCUAUUAGCAUGAAGAAUGUUGUCGUUUGUUGCUCAAUCCACAACGAUAAUCAAAAAAAGUGGAAAUCAACAUGGCCCGUUAAUGAUAACGAUGAUUACGUUGAAUGUGAGGCGUGUAAAUGUGACAGGGAACUCGAUUACUUGAGGCCUUGUAUUGGUAUUAAUCGUUAA